AUGUCUGAUUCAACCCGCUUCAGCAAUGACUCUGACAGAGAAGAACGGUACCAGUUUGACUCAACGCCUGACCCCUCACCACCAGUGUUUACCAGAGUAAACAUUGAAGACUCAGAUGAAGAAAUUGAAGAUCAUGUGCCUCUGAGAGUGACACCCUCUCCUGGUGUACGCCUGAAGUAUGCUAUCAACUCCCCACGGCCUGGUGAAGUUUUGCCCAGUCGUGGAAAGAAAGUGGCGUCUAAGCCCAAGGCAGAGAAAAAGGAGAAGGUGAAGAAGUUCAAGGAUGUGCCUGCUCCCACUGUUGAAGAAAUCUUUGUCUUCUAUUCUUCAGAAGAAGAUGUGGAAGAGGAGACAAGAAUGAAGAGAAAGCACCGUCUCCAGCACAUAAUCCGCAAGCACUCUCAUAUGUUAGCCGCUGAGAUUUGGAGAAGAACGAAGGAAGCGGAGAGUGCCAACCUGUAUUUUCUGGCUCCCAAGCUGGGAAACUUCAAGAUUGCCCGCAAGGAAGGUGGACCUCACCGUGAGGAAUUCAAUAGAAGAGCUCUGCAGAUCAUCAGAGAUAUCAACUAUGUUGAUCUCUCCAAGAAGCCCAAGUCAAAGAAGACUUCAGACACUGAAGACAGUGAUGUGUUCCCGUCUGAACCUGCCGUUGAACUGCGCGGUCCUGCCAGAGCAUCCAGGAUCAGAGGUUCUUCACUGCCUCCUCUUGCGCCUCGCAACAAGCCCAGUAAAGACUCCAAGGGCAAGACAAAGAUGCCUGAGAAGAGGAAAGCCGCUGAAGACGCAGAGAAACAGUUCCAAAAGGAUCUGAAGAAAGCUAGGAAAGCCUCUGCUGUUGGACCCGGUUCCUCAUCCAAGGAUGCUACUGCUGCUACUGCUGCCGCCAUGGCCUCUGGAGAAGUUCCAUAUCCUUCUCAAGUUGUUCACAUUGAUCCAGUUCCGCUUGCUGCUUUUAAUGAAGGAACGCUCCCGGAUUCCCUCAUGAGCCAUGUUGAAGGCCUGAUUGUUGCCAAGACUCAAGCUGAAGAAUGGGAGCAGAACCGCAGUUUGCGUGUUGCCAGGCGGUUAGAAGAAGACCAUGCUGAGAAGAAACGUGUUGAGAAGGAGAAGAAAGCCGAAGAGAAGAAAAGGGCUGACCUCACCGCCCUGAAGAAAGAAAAGGAACUUGUGUUGAAAACUCAAGCUGAGCUUGAGAAGAAGAAGAAGAAAACUAUGCUCGCUGAGCAGAUGAAACAAGUAGCCGAAAGCAUGAAGGUUGAUAAGACUAAGAGUGAAGCAAGGAAGAAAGCCGCCGAGAAAACGCCUGAAGUACAAGGCGGAAAUGAAGAAAUUGAUCGGGAGAAGACAGAAUAUGAGACCCGUCGUGAGAUUGGUCUCAAGGCCAGACAUGAUACAGCUGACCCCUCUGACACUGAAGAAAGUCAGGAUUUACCUCAGAUCGUUCCAUCAAAGAAGAUCACUAUGACUCGUCAGGCGUCUCAGAUUGCUGAAGUGAAGAAGACUGCCAAGGAGUUUGGUCUGAAGAUCAAAAUGUGUUGGGGAACGCGGGCAUAUCUCCAACAAGAUGCCCCAGUGCCAACGCUGAAAGUUCGUGUGAAUAAAGUUGUUAAGAAGAAGAAGAUUGUUGCCCCGUCCGACCCGUCAGACCCGUCCAACCCAAAUUCCUCAAGUGAUGAGGAGAAAGAAGAAGAGAAGGAAGAAGAGAGAGACCCCGCGCAGUCUGAUGAUCUAAUGGAGAUUGACCGUCUGCCAGAAGAUCUGCUCAAGCCUGUGCCGAAGAAAAGACGAUCCGGACUCGCUAAGGAUCGUGAAGACAGGAGACUCUCACGGAUGUUUGUGACAUCUCAAACUAUGUUUGAAGACAACCGCGAGCUGUUGUCUCCCAAGCCAAAGAUGCCUAUAUCCUCUGACCGAGAGAAGGUUUACUUCAAGGCCCUGAAGAACACUGAGCUUCGCCACAUAAGGCUGGAGAAUGGGCUGAAGUACAAGGAGGAGAGAUCAGCUGAAGACCGGAGGUUUGGGUCUUUUCAGCAGCAGGACUACUAUGCGCAGAUUCUUCUGCCACGGACCCACUUUGCCAAGAUGAAGUACAUCAAUGAUGAAUGA